GACCAGGCACCGGAACAGAUCGCCGAGCUGAUCUCUGAUCAUGGAAUUAUCAUUACACGAAAAUCAGAUGCUGCAGUAUCAGAGUUGAAAACCGCCGGGUUCGACGUAUUAGAGAUGGAGGGCGAGUUUCUCGCGACGAUGAGCCCAGAGAACAUGAACAGACUGCGCGUCAUAACUAACACGGCAACUGACUUGCUCUGUUUCACGAGCGCAAAUAUGCUAGGUAAUGCAUCAGAUCCGAACCUGACCCUUUCUAGCGGCCUCUCGCGCGCGUUGAUGCUAGAACUACCCACGUUGCGAUACUCGGUCCUCGAUAUCGGGCCCCUACAACAGCUCAACUUUACCACGGCUUGCGAAAAUGCAUUAAAAGCCUUAGUAGCCAAGUAUGACAAGGACGAUUGCGAGUUCAUCGAAAAAGACGGCCUCCUACAUAUUAGUAGAUAUGGCCCUGACUUCCGAGUGAAUUCCCUUUUCCGACAACGACUAGGACACCAGAGCGAGAAGAAGGUGAAGACACUUACUAAGGUGAAGCCAGCGCGGCUAUCCAUUGACCGAGUCGGGAUGAUGGACACGCUAUACUUCCAGCAGCUGUCAGAACCGGGACAAGGUGCGACACCGCCGGCGGAUUACGUUGAUAUCGAAGUCAGGGCAGUGAGCCUCAAGGCUAAAGAUGUAUACGCUAUGAGCGGUCGCGUCGAUACGCGUGAUAAGACAACUGCAUUUGACUUUUCCGCCCCAUCAUCUUGGUACGGCGGUGCGCGCGCCGGCCGGAUCGGUGCACAAGAUGCUGGACGACGAAGAGUUUACCGUCGUGCCGACGUUGCUGCUUGACUAACGCUACAUUUAUUACAGGUCGCGCCGGCUACAUAUGCCAGUGUGUUCAGCGCCGAAAAGGUCUAUCUUCUCGUCGGAUGUCUGCGUGACUUGGGUCGUAGUCUCAGUCGAUGGAUGAUAACACGAGGAGCCCGCCACUUUGUCUUUUUAGGCCGUUCCGGAGCCGAUAAACCCAGUGCGAAACAGCUUGUGUCU